AUGGCUGAAGAGGAGGACUACAGCUCGAUCCCCCUUCCCGACCGGUUCACUCAUAAGAUUUGGAAAGUUCGGAAAGGAGCCUACGAAGAAGCUGCCAAACAAUUCGCCCUUACCCCCGACGAAUCCGAUCCUUUUUUUCGCCCGUUUCUGAGUGAUGUCGGCCUCUGGAAAUCUGCCGUUCUAGAUGCCAAUGUCGUUGCUCAACAAGACGGUAUAAUUGCCCUCUGCGCAUUUCUUAAAUACUGCGGACGAGAUGCCGCCCUCCGUACACGCAACCACACCAUCACUCCGAUUGUAGAAAAGGGCCUAGCGAGCACAAGAGCAGCGACAAAACAAAACGCAAUCGAGGCGCUCCUGCUCUAUGUUGAACUCGAUGUCGCUGGUCCCGUGAUCGAAGACGUUUUGCCUGGGCUGGCUCACAAGACCCCGAAGAAUGUUGCUGCAACCCUCAAUGCUCUGACCCAGAUUGUUCACAACUACGGUUGCAAAAUCGUCGACCCGAAGCCAAUCCUCAAGGCGCUCCCGAAAGCUUUUGGUGCUGCGGACAAGAACGUCCGAGCCGAGGCUACAGCUCUCACCGUCGAGUUGUACAGAUGGCUGCGUGAGGCUAUGAAGCCACUUUUCUGGGGAGAAUUGAAGCCUACACAGCAAACCGACCUCGAAGCUCAAUUCGAAAAGGUCAGGGCCGAGCCACCGCCUAAACAAGAACGUCUUCUGCGCUCCCAACAGGAUGUUGUCGAGGCCGCACCCGAGGCUGCUGGUGACGGAUACGAUGAAGGUGGUGAUGAGCCAGACGGCGGUGAAGAACUGGACGCCUUCGCCUUGGCAGAACCUGUUGAUAUCAGCAAGAAAAUCCCACCCAAUUUUACCGAUCUUCUCGCUUCAUCGAAAUGGAAAGACCGCAAGGAAGCGGUUGACGGUCUAUACGAAGCCCUCAAUGUUCCUCGCAUCAAGGAAACUGACUUUGGAGAAGUUAACCGAGGUCUCGCAAAGUGCAUGAAAGACGCUAAUGUUGCUGUUGUCACACAAGCAGCGCUUUGCAUUGAGCUUCUGGCCAAGGGUCUUCGUCAAAGCUAUGCUAAAUAUCGCGCCGUUGUCAUGCAACCCAUUAUGGAGCGCCUCAAGGAGAAGAAGCAGACUGUGUCCGAUGCACUAGCUGCCGCACUCGAUGCUGUAUUUGCCUCGACUAGCUUUUCUGACUGCAUGGAAGACAUCUCAACUGCCCUUGUCAACAAGAACCCCCAAGUCAAAGAAGGCACUAUGAAAUUCCUCAUCAGAUGCCUGCGCACCACCCGAGAUGUACCAACCAAGCCCGAAAUUACUGCUGUCUGCGAGUCUGGAAAGAAGCUCCUUGCUGAGUCGACUCCUGUUCUGCGUGAUGGCGGUGCCGAGAUUCUGGGAACUGUUAUGAAGAUCAUCGGCGAACGAGCCAUGACGCCUCUCAUCGAGGGGCUGGAUGACAUCAGAAAGACCAAGGUGAAGGAAUUCUUUGCUAGUGCAGAAGUCAAGGCAAAGGAGAAGCCGAAGCCCGCACCGACACCGAAGGCUGCCCCAGCUGGAGCCAGGAAAGUUGUUGGAGGCAAACGUCCAGUCGCAAAGAAGGCCGCACCCGCUAUGCCGGCUGCGGAAUCACCUGCCAUGCCGGCUCAAGCCCCUGCCAAGCCUACUGGUCCCGGAAGCAAGCUGGGGAUGCCUAAGUCGUCUGGCGUCGGGGGCCUGAAGGCACCUCAGAAGCGAACUUUGGCAACGCCGGGCGCUGCCUCUCCUCGCAGACCUGCAGCAGGCCCACCGAUCAUGCCAGAUGAUGAACCUAUUUCAGUGCCACCGCAACCCCGCAUUGGAGCCUCUCGCGGGCUGGCCGGACGCUCGCUCGCCAAGCCAGCCGCUGCACCGUCCAUGCCUCCGCCAGACUCGCCGCCUCCUAUUAGUGGUUUCAGCGCUGUUGAGCGCGCUGAGCUAGAAGAGCUUCGAGCGGCAAACGAUAGGCUCACGCGACAGGUCGAUGACAUGAGACAAGAAAGGAGCAAGUUCUUAUCUGAGAUCCAGGAGCUGAAGAACCAAAACGCCGGCCUGAUUGAAGACCACACUCGGGAUGUACUGAGCAUCAAGGCCAAGGAAACACAGCUGGUUCGAGCCCGAAGUGAUGCUGAGGCAACCGAAGGUGUCAAUGAUAGGCUUAGACGUGAGCUUGAGCGCCUGAAAAGGGCAUUAAGCAAAGCUGAGACCAUUGGGGGAGGCUCUGGUGUCAUCAGCCCCGCCAUUACAUCUCCCACUCGCGAUGAUGUUGGCAUCUUCCAUGAUUCUGGUUCAACUUCUGGCGGCUACAACAGGGCAAGCUUCGCCAGCAGCAUGUCGGAAGAAAAAGAAAAUGGCGAAAUGGCGUAUCCCAGAAGCAAAAUUAGUCCUGAACUCCGAUAUGGCAGCGGACCGUCCUCCGGGCGUGGGUCCCCAGCUCGCGGCUAUCGCACAUCCAAUCAUCCCCGCGAGGAAAGUGCCGAUUCUGCGGCCCCCUCCAGAAGAGAACGGCCUGUUUCAUCUCUUCCUCAGCCAUCUGGUGGAGGGGAGAGCUGGCGUCGUGCUGCUGAGGUGACAAGUCAGUUGAAAGCCCGGAUCGAGCAGAUGAAGGCUAAGCAGGGCUUCGCUCGCCCGUAG